CUCAUAUAUAAGGUUUGUGGUUGGAAUGAAAUUCCCAUAGUUAUUUGUAACGUCAAAGCAUCUAAGACAAUAUAGAAUAAAUACAAUAAAUUAACAAACAUGAAGUUCGUCAUUGCCGUAGUCCUGUUCGCUUUAGCUUUGGGUGCCAACUCCUCAGUUUUGCCCUGGGGACCAGUUGUUGUGGGUGGACCCCUACCCGGCACAGUAGUACUUGGUGCUCAUCCCCAUGCUGCUGUUACAGUUGCGGCCCAUCCUCCCCAUGUGGUUCCUGGACCUGGACCAGUUCAAGUGGUCUCUGGUCCCGUUCCUGCUGUUGUUGCCGCUCCACAUGUUGUUGCUGCCCCACAUGUCGUUGCGGCUCCUUCUGUAGUUCCAGCUCAUAGCGGCACUUUUGUUGCCAAGACUCGCGGUGCUGUACAUGUUGCUCCCUUGGCUGGCCACGCCCAAUCAGUUGCCUCAGUUAAUCUGCAACCCGCUCCAGGAACUGUUUAAAUUCCAUCCGAGAAGAAUUUUCUCAACUGAAACUGGCUCAAUUGAGCAUUGAAGUAUUUUAGAUAUUUUCGCGAUCACUCAUUCAUCAGGACAUCCUUUGCCAUAUUACUUGUAUAAUGUUAAACCGUUGUAUCAAAAUAUGUACUUUUUAUCUCAUCACAUUAUUUCUUAUCUUAUUUUUUGCUUAUCAUUCGUUCGCCUUUCAUUCUGCUACUUAUUUCUAUCAACAUUUUAGUCUUUUACCACUUCCCUAUCUAUCAUUCUUCAAUACCAAUUUCUUACGAAAACACUGUCGUAUUUUUUCUGUUCUAAAAUAUCA